AUGGACCCCUCUAAUAGUGCCCAGAACAGAGCACCGACGAACACCGAUCCUAGCACCUCGACGCCUGCACCCACCGACGCCCCACAUACUGGUGGAGUGCUUCCCAAAACCCAAGAGUCUCAGAUCCUUGGCCCUCCCAGCACUACCAACGCCAAUGCCACCGCCGCCACUGUCACUCCUACCGACUGGUGGGUAUACCACAUUCCCUCCCCUAGCGCUAGUUACGACGCUGACGAAGACUAUGGUUUCGGCGCAGUAGGAUCUAACGGUGCCGCCCUUGGAGAAAUGGAGGAAGAGACCGCGGAGCCGGAGAGCGUGCCUACCACCAGCACUGCGGGUGCUUCUCGCCGCUCAACAGCCAUGAACAACCCGCGCUGGACUCCGGAGGAGGAGUGCGAGGUGCUCGCCACUUUCAUCGAUCUGGAUGCCGAGAUCCGCGCGCGCACGGGCCGACAGGGGCGCAGCUGGUACCCCCUAGUCCAAUGGGAGUUGUUCGAUCGUGAUCCGGCGUGGAGGCACGACGUUUCUGCGCUGAAGGCGAAGUACAACCGCCUCAAGGAGACAUGGCGUUGUCUCAACGACCGCAUCAAGCGCUUGGGAGAGGGGCGUGUCCAAAACUUGCCGCCCAGCCGUCCCGGUGUAGCACGCCAUGGGACGCACGUGAAGCUCGUGAGGGCGUACGCGGUAUCAGUCACUAGCAUGUAG